UUGUCGUUUCGUUGCGCAGAGUCUCGUGUGGAAGUGCAGAAAACAAAAGAGUCGCUUUUUAAUUGAACGCGCGCUGCUUUUUCCAUUCAAUUAAUCGUAUUUGAUUUGAAAUCAACUAUUUGAGAUUGGUGAAAGCGUUUCGACAAUUGUCAUUAUUCACAGCCUUUAUAAAAAAUGCUGAAAUUGUGCAUUUGCUGUUGCCUUGUGCUGUUUCUGGCACACGUUGCGUAUGCGCAACAUCAGGAUUAUACAACGCCCGUACCCAUAUUAAAGCAGAUUGAUAAGCACAAUGAUGACGGCUCGUAUACCUAUGGCUAUGAGGCGGCUGACAAGAGUUUUAAGAUCGAAACAAAGUAUGCGAAUGGCGAAGUCUAUGGCAAGUAUGGAUAUGUGGAUGAUCAGGGCAAAGUGCGUGAAAUUGAAUAUGGUGCAAGCAAACGUGGCUUUGAGCCAGCGGGCAGUCACAUCAAUGUGCCCCCUCCAACCCUGACCAACAGCAAUCCGUAUCCGCUGGGACCCAACGAGCUGGAUGAUGGUCAAUACCGUGAAGAUCCUGCUGUCUACUACAAGGAUCAGAAGUUUAAUCGCCCCAUUGCAGCCAGCAAAUUCAGUUUGGGUGAUUUUGGACGCGGAUAUCAACAGCAGCAACAGCAGCCGCAAUAUGCACCUGCACCUGCACCCGCUCCAGCUCCAGCUCCCGCCCGACCGUAUUACAAUCCCACGCCCCAGUACUACAAUCCUCCGGCUCCACAGCCCCGUUACUAUCAGCAACCGGCCCCUCAGCCUUACUAUGCGCCUCAGCAGCAGCAACAGUAUAGCGGACAGCCAGAGCAGCAUCAUCCGGCGCUGCGUAAUCUUAACAUCUAUACGGGCUCCUAUAGCAUUGACUAUACGGGCAGAAAGUAGACGUGGAGUCGGACCCUUUGUCCAUAUUGUGUUGCACAGAGAGAUAGCGACUAAUGACUGAUGUCCGAGGACAAUGUCACAAUGUUUGUUACUGCCAAAUAAAUCAGUCACUUGCGAUAUCAGAUAUCAAUCGAUCUAUAUAUAUCUAAAUAUAUGUACCUAUAUAUGUAUGUGUGUAAUAUACAAAAUAUUGUUGAAAGAAUACUCAAUAAACUGCCGAAUAACCAACGAUGAGAUCAAAC